UCGGUGCAAAAUUUGAACAGAGUCGCAGACGGCAAACGACGCUUGGACACAGAUAACAAUCUUUCAUUUGUUGUAUUGUGUUAAAAGAGACGUAUUUAUUUAAGGCAACACGGGUAAAGUUUUCGGUGGAACGUAACCAUGAGGAGGAGUGAAGUCCAUGCUGCAGAAUCUGUAGCAUGUCUGAAUCAAGCUCUGAACAGGUUGAAGGACAUCUGGGAAGAAAUAGGCAUUCCAGAGGACCAGCGACUACAGAGGACUGAUGUAGUCAAGAAACAUAUCAAAGGCUUGCUGGACAUGAUGAUCACUGAGGAGGACAGUUUAAGGAAGAGAUUGAUGAGCAGCAUAGAGUCCUGUCGCAAAGAGCUGGACGUUCUGUGCACUGAGCUUCAACUAUCCCCCUUUGAGGAGGACGAGGGGAGGACGAUGCUGCAGCUGGAGAAGGACAUUCGGUCACAGCUGGAGGUGAUGAUGAUACAGAAGAAUCAGCGAGUUAAGGAGCUGAAGACUCUGUACAAGCAGGACCGGGAGCUGUGUGACAUCAUGUGUUCAGUUCCCUUCUGUAUCGACAUGGACACUGUCCCUUCGCUGGAACAGCUGGACCGCUACCACUCCUACCUGAAUGAUCUCACCAAAGAGAAGGAUCGUCGCCACCGUGAGUUUGUGGGUAUCAAGCGUCAGAUCAUUGUGUGUAUGGAGGAGCUGGACCAGUUGCCAGACACCAGCUUUGAGAGGGAUGUGGUGUGUGAGGACGAGGAGGCCUUCUGUCUGUCCAGCGACAACAUCACAGCUCUCCAACUGCUGCUGGGACAGCUGGAGGAUCGCAAGACGGAGAACGAGCUAGUGUGUAGCUCCUACCGCACUAAGAUCCAGGAGCUGUGGGAGAGGCUGCAGGUGCCUCAGGAGGAGAGAGAUGGCAUGUCAGAACACAUGGUCAAGUCCAGGAAGAAGAACAUGGAUGCUUUACAAGCUGAGUGCCAUCGUCUGGAGCAGCUGAAGAUCAAGAACAUGAGGAAUGAGAUAGAAGACAUCAGGGCUGAGGUGGCUCUGUUCUGGGAGAGGUGUUACUACAGCCUGGAGCAGAGACAAGCCUUCACGCCCUACUAUGGUGAUGACUACACUGAGGAGAUGCUGAACCUACACCAGGAGGAGCUCCUGAGUCUGAAGAAGCACUACGAGAACCACAGGGAGCUGUUUGAAGGAGUAACCAGGUGGCAAGAAAGCUGGACUCUGUUCCUACAACUGGAGAAAAAGGCGACGGAUCCUUCUAGAUUUAACAACCGAGGUGGGAACCUUCUUAAAGAGGAGAAGCAGAGGGCUGACCUGCAGAAAAGCCUGCCAAAGUUGGAGAAGAUCCUGAAGACCCAGAUAGACCUAUGGGAGGAGGAGCAGUACAGAGAGUUCCUGGUUAACGGACAGCGGUUCCUCCAGUACGUUGAGGAGCAGUGGGAACUACUGCGGCUGGAGAAGGAGAGAGAGAAGAAUGAGAGACAACUGAAGAAGAACCAGCAGAUCGAACAAGACAUGCUAUAUGGUACUGCUCAACGAACCCCCUCCAAAAGACGCCUUGCAGAGACGCCUACGCCCGGCAAAGCAAGAAAGCUGAAUGCCACUAGCAGUAUCUCCAGUUCUACUCCUAACAGCACCUUACGCUCUGCCUUCGGAGGAACCAUGUGCCAGUCGCCAGUCCUCAGACCACCUAUGUCUGCCAGCAGGAUUCCUCUGAGGACCCCUGGUCGUGUUGGAAGAACCCCCCGCACAGUGGAACGCAACAAGGAGAACAUGUCCCGCCUGAACGGCACGGUUCUGAGCGGUGUGUUAAGAACCCCUGCCUCACGCUGUAACAUCACCGUUAACUCUGUGGCCAGCACCUAUUCGGAAUUUUCGAAGGAUUUUGUCAACAUUGAAUCCACUGCCAUUACCAGCGAGAUCUCUCAAAAGCUUCCAAAUCUAACGUCAAGACAGGACAUCUGAACUCGACUGGCACUCGUCUCUGAGCUGAAGGAUCAGACGGAACCACACCUGUCCUUGAAUCAUCGGAGUUUUGCGGUUUCUGUCCGGGUCCAUUUAUUUCUGCAUGUCCAGAUGAAGGAAAUCUAUUAACACCUACUGAAU